ACCACAGGCCCUCUUAGAAACCCUCCCCCUGCCCCCACCCCAAACCUUCGUCAACAACCUUGCCAGACAUCUGUGCUCAAAAAAAUUCCACGAAAACGAGCAUGAAUAUUUCUCCCGGAGUGCAGAGUCUGGCCAUUUCCCUACCUUCACCCAACCCUCGUUCACAUCAGACUUCACCAGGCCCCUGUCACACCCAAACGCAACCCGGCUAAACGAGGCCAUUGCGAACCUCCGCAGAGACAUCUGCCACAUAAUGGCAUCCCACCACCUGGAUCUGGCCAGAGAGGAGGAGGCCAAAGCCACACAAGUCCGGUCAGAGAUGGAAGAGCAUUAUAAUCCGGACAUAAUUAGAAUAGCAAACUGCAAUGCCAAGAGACAGGCAGCGUCCGCCCCUGGGAACAGGGAGAGACACACACAGCACCCGCGAAGACGGCCCAGGAGGCAACACCAGUAUUCCACCUUUUGACAUUGCUUUCUCUUUCCUCUCCCCCCCUUAUUUUCUUUCUGUAUUUUUGCCGCUUAACUUUAGUAUAAUAAAACAUUUUUUUGCUGCUUAAUUAUGGUAUAACAAACAUGCUCAGCUGUAUAUUUUUAUUUUAAUUCCUUUUCAUCAACAAUAUUAAACUCUGUCUACCUAUAAACGAUGUUGCUUUAUUCGUACUCAUUAUUCUGCUAUCUAGAUUGCAAUAUGUACACGGCCAAUCCUAGCACAGCGUCCAAACGCACCAUACUCAGGAAAACCAUUGGCACCAAACUAACUAAAAAUGCACACAAAAAGCUGCUCAAAAAGGCCAUCCUGGCCACUAAACCAAUCAAUAACAUUGUCAAUCUAUCCUCAGCUCACAUUUCAACAAGUGAGAUAUCUCUGCUGAACAGGGGACUAUCGUUUGUUCCUGCCCCCGGUCCGGUUGACAAUGAUCUCAUCUUACAAGGACUCGAUGACUUUAUACGUCGAAUGCGACUGCAAUAUUUUUUCCACUCCCAUCCCCCCAGGACGGUACCUGAACCCUUUAGAAGGAAAUCAUUUUGGGCCCCCCCUGAUGAUGUCUGCCCUCAAUUACAACAAUAUUUUGAUAAAAUCUCCGUCGACAUCAACAAGAUCAUAAGGUCAGCUGCUAACCCUACACCCCAUAACCUUACCCCAAUAGAAACUGAGAGCAUUAAAACUUUAUGCACCCGCAAGGACAUAACCAUCAAACCCGCGGACAAAGGAGGAGCCAUUGUCUUAUGGUCUAUAGAGGCUUACCUUAAGGAAGCUAACAAUCAGCUGUCCAACCCCCUCCACUACCGUAAACUAGAAUCUGAUGGAAUACAGCUGCUAUCCACCCAGAUCACAACGUUCUUAACACAUCUACUAGGUCGGAAUCUUCUCACACAACAAUGUUAUGAGUUCCUUGAACCAAGCCCCCACCCCCGCACCCCCGAAUUCUACCUUUUACCAAAAAUACACAAGCCAAAGAUUAACGACCUCAUACCGGGCAGACCAAUAAUCUCGGGGUGUGGCUCACCCACUGAGAAACUCUCCAAAUUUCUGGACCAUUUUUUAAAACCGAUUGUUAAAACUAUACCCUCAUACAUCAAGGACACCAAUCAUUUUCUCCAAAUUAUAUUUAGAGAGAGACAUAAUUUUCCACCAGGUAUCAUCCUGUGUACCCUGGAUGUUAAAUCCCUCUAUACUAAUAUACCACAGGAUGAGGGUAUUCUACAUUGCAUGAUGGCGUUAAUUGAUUUUUAUGCCACUGGACUACCUCUACCAGCCACACACCUACAACAAAUGUUUGAGUUUAUACUAAAAGGGAAUUAUUUCUCCUUCAAUGGACAGCCAUAUCUACAGACACAUGGCACUGCCAUGGGUACCCCUUUUGCCCCAAACUUUGCAAACAUUUUUAUGUCUGUUAUUGAAGAAUAUAUCCUCUCCACAGCCCCCGAGGGGAAGAAACCUCUACUCUGGAAACGAUUUAUCGAUGAUAUAUUCAUGAUAUGGCAAUAUGAUGAGGCUUCCCUCACUGAAUUCCUUGCCCAUACCAACAAUGUGCACAACACGAUUAAAUUUGAAGCACAACAAUCUAGAGCAAGAAUAAAUUUCCUUGACACCACAAUUUAUCUUAAUAACAACAGUGGUCUCCUGGAAAGCACCCUAUUCGUGAAACCCACUGAUAUAUGCACCCUUUUACAUGCUAAAUCUUUCCACCCACCUUCGUGUAAAAAAAGUGUUAUUUACAGCCAAGCACUUCGCUUCAGACGUUUGAUCACAGACAACAAUGAACUCCACAAACACCUCAAAGCACUCCAAAAAAACCUAAUCAUAAGAGGUUAUGAAUCUCAAGAUAUCACCACCGAAUUUAGUAAACUGACAUAUGUCACCCAAUACGAGCUCCUCUUCCCAGGAAACCCCGCCAACAAUGAAACCACCCCUCAGCACCUCAACUUCGAACCCCCUCCACCUAAACCACAAGUCCUACCUUUUGUUGUCCCAUUCGACAUAAAAACUAUAAAUAUAGGUUCCGUCCUUACUAAACAUUGGCACUUGAUCUCAGCUGAUGCUUAUCUUAAACAAAUAUGGAAUGACACCAGACCGGUUCUAGCCCUCACCAGAAGGCCUAACCUCAAGGAUCGAUUGGUACACUCUAAAAUAGGCCAUCAAUACAAAGCCGCUUCUCGAAGCAUCAUGCGCCCUUAAAAUUUACAAUAUGUAAAUAUUACACUAGAGGCACAGUUACACCUAAGGUACGGCAUUCACUGAUUAUUAAUUUUCAUUUUUAUUUGCGUAUAUAUUUAUUUUGCAACCGUGAUCCUGGACGCAGGAUUGCGAGGGGCGCCCACGAGAAACGGACAUACCGAAUUAAAGCCCCGAAAUGUCCCUCGUGGGUUUCUGGCUGAUGAGUUGCUUUUUUAUCAUUUUCUGCCCACUUACAAGCUAAUUGUUUAAAACAUAUAUGGGCACACACAACCACCCCCCAUCGGAGUUUGAGGCUGUGACCAGGUGGUAGUGACUACUCCUUAUCUCCUUUUUUCUCAUUCUUCUAUUUUGGAUUUUAUACUUUUAUUCACAUAUUGGUUUUUUAGUUUUUACCUUCUAUACCUAUAAAAACAAAGAAAGGUUGUGUCUUAACUUUCACAAAAUUGAGCCUAGUAUUGACACUCAUCUCCAUCUGACUAGAACUCAUUCAAAAGGAUUAAGCAAGGAAAAUAUUAUAACCUCAGGGCCUUGGUUGCAGCUAGCAGUUAACAGAGCAUUUUUUCCAUUUUACCUAUGUUUUUUCACUGUCAGUCAAUAAGAUAGAAAAUCCAUCCAAAUGUUUGACAUAUGCGUUUCAGUGCCAAUUUUAGUUUAUUCGAUUUGUAUAAUAGUUUGUUGGAAUAGGUUACAGGCCCUUUUUUGCAGAAUGCAUGCUAAGCCAAGGAGCACAUCACUCUGUAGCAAUGCCGAAAAUCUUUGGGAAAAAUCCUUUUGUUCUCAAGAAAAACACGUGCAAAAUCCCCAAUUAUCUUGUUGCUUUAUAAAAUCUCGUAAACUUUUUAAGAAAAGUGUUAUGCCUCUCAUGUAAAGCAGCAGAAAUUUAGGCAUAAACUCAACAUUUUGAUUUUUUUUCUAGGAAAAUGUGCGCUUAGACUUCAGGGAGCCGUGGUAGACAUGAGGCUUGAGCAUCGCAGGUCACGUUUGGUGCCCGCCUGUCUUAUUGCUUUAUAAAAUCUCGUAAACUUUUUAAGAAAAGUGAUAUGCCUCUAAUUUAAAGCAGGAUAAAUUUAGACAUAAACUAAACAUUUUGAUUUUUUUCUAGGAAAAAGUGAGCCUAGACUUCAGGGAGCCGUGGUAGACAUGAUUCUUGAGCAUCGCACUGUCAUCAAAAAUGACAUUCAGGUCAUGUUUGCUGCCCGCGUCUCUUAUUGCUUUAUAAAAUCUCAUAAACUUUUUAAGAAAAGUGAUAUGCCUCUCAUAGAAAGCAGCAGAAAUUUAGACAUAAACUCAACAUUUUGAUUUUUUCAUAGGAAAAAGUGAGCUUAGACUUCAGGGAGCCGUGGUAGACAUGAUGCUUGAGCAUGGCACUGUCAUCAAGAAUGACAGUCAGGUCAACAAAAAGGAUACAACUGCCUCUCCAUUUAAGGGGAAAUCGAGUUGGGAACCUGAAUCUAUUCGAAACCUCAACAUUUACACAUAUCUUGAAAAUAUACACUCAGACAUUUUAAACCUAUACACACAAAACUACUAUAACCCUCCAAAUAUUUCAAAAGAGAAGCAAGAGGCCAUUCGUAGCCUAAAACAAAUAGACAAUAUUUCAAUAAAAAAAGCUGACAAAGGAGGCAAAAUUGUAAUAUGGCCUAAAGACAUGUAUUUAUACUAGGCCACAAAACAACGUGAAAAUGCAAACUAUUACAAAGAACACCCAGUAGAUCACACAAUUGAAACAUCUGCCGAGAUAACAACUUUUUUAACACAUCUCUUCCAGAACUACCAUAUUGAUGAAACACUUUUCGAAUAUCUUACACCUGACACGGAGGGCAUCCCAGGGAGGCCUAUACUGUCAGGUUGCAGCUCCUUUACGGAGAAACUCUCGUCAUACCUUGAUCACUAUCUUAGACUGAUAGUAAAAGGAAGUGCCUCAUAUAUAAAAGACACCGCUCACUUUUUACAACAAAUAUUCGAAAUACACACUAGCAUUCUACCAAGCUCAUGGCUGGUUACACUAGAUGUCAAAUCUCUAUACACCAACAUCCCCCAGGACGAGGGUAUCGAGGCAUUAUGGGGACAACCCAACAUUGCAUACAAGUUACAUGAAACAAAUGAUGGUAUUCAUACUUAAACACAACUAUUUUAUCUUUAAUAGUAGAUUUUAUCAACAAAUUCAAGGCACUGAAAUGGGGAGCCCCUUCCCUCCCAAUUAUGACAUCUACAGAAUAACAUAUUUUACACAAUGCCCUAAUAGGGCAUACUCCAAUGUUUUGGAAAGAUUCAUCGAUGAUAUAAUUUUCAUUUGGCCACAUGCCCUUGAAGACCUACAAAUUUUUAUACAAUACACCAAUACCGUCCACAAAACAAUAAAGUUUGAAGGAAACUAUUCCAACACAAAUAUACACUUCUUGGAUAUAACAAUAAACUUACAACAAAGAGGGGGAAGUUACCACCUCACUCUACCAAAAACCAACAGACACUUGCAAUCUCUUACACUGUGAUUUUAGCAGCUACAUCUCAAAAGCAAUAUAAAAGAAAGAUUUCUACAACUCUGUUACUGGAAAAUUUAGCAAAAAGGCUUGUUACAUUAAGCAUCGACUCAAGGCUUCCCAUUUUACUCCAGGAAAUAAUCAGAGACCUUUCAAUGGAUGUACUACAAAACUUUUUGGUAGAGUUAGCAGUAUGUGGGGAAGGCAGCCUUGAUUUUUUAAAAGACUUUUGAAAGCAGUGCAAAAUCCAGACAUGGAACUACAGUGUUUGUAUCAUUAUGGGCAAAGAAGAAGAAAAUUAAUGCUGUGGAAGGAAAGUUUGUGUGACAUCAUAUCAUAUGUUCCUGCAAGUUAUGCCUUGACAGGGAUGUCCUAAAGCUAAACAUAACAGCUCGUUGUGAUAUCCAAGCAGAAAACAAGGAAUUAAACAUGAGUCUUUUUUUGCAAAGCAGGGUACAGCCAAUUCGUGCUAUGCAAGUAUGGACGUUUAGGUAAGGGUAAUAGAAACUGGCCAUUAGCCGUAGCACACCUCCCAAGCAUAAUAAGAGGCUAAUACCUCUCUGAAUCGAGGCUCUUAAGUUCAAACAUUGUUAUGGAAAUCCUUGAGAUUGCAAAUCAUUGGAUAAUCAUCAAUGGAGACAGAGUACCCUGGGAAACAGAAAAAGCCCAGAAAUUUGUUUUGGUUCAGAGUUGAGGAGUCAAAGCAAAGAAAAAACGUGUAUGUUGAGAGAUUUAGGCAUGUCCUAUUUUCGUUUCUAGAUCAACAAUGUGAAAACGGAAAAAGGGCCAUGGUAAUGUUCAAGAAAACAAUGUGAACACUGUGAAGCGUCUGUCUGAGGAGCAAUGUUGUCAAAGGUAAGUAACAUGAUGUUUUGUACAUUCCACAACGGAAAAAACAAAAAAAGCACAGCUUAAGGAUAAGAUAUAGUACUUUGCCUAAAACAGAAAUAGUAACAAAAAACUUUCAAUUCUCUCAAUUUUCAAUUCUCUUUCAAUGAUACAUUGAUUUUGCGAGCAUUAGCAGAACAGUUUAUUUCCAAAUAAAAUUGAUAACUGGGUAUCAACCUCUGCAUCACUCAUUUUCCUCUAGCUUGAUAGCUUUACUUACUGCUUACUUCUAAAUGGUGAAGAUCAAUACUGUGUCUAAAUCUGUAUAACAAGGCUGUUUAGUUUUUAGCAAAGAAAUCAUAUGACUUUGUCACCACUUUAUUUUAUUUGGUUAGAUUUAGUCAUGUUUGAUUAUUUCUAUUUCUCCUCAGUCUAUUAAACAUAGAACUGACAAAUCUUACAGGAAUUAUUUUGUGAGUUGAAAUAUUUCUUGCUAUCCAAAUCCUUGCUAAAUUUAGGAAAAUGCGAUGAUCUUUGUUUAUCUUUUAGGAUAACUUGAGCAGACAUGACACAAUUACAAGAGGGCAACUCACUGCCAUCAAAUUUCCAACAACAAGGCAUGCUGCAGAUGUUAUAUACACCAAAGUCCAAAACCCUGGUUUUAAUAAGUUUGAAAAUGUUGAUUGUAUGUUCCCACUGUUUGAUUGUCAAGCUGCAAUGUCUACCCUUGAAUCCAAGGCUAAUGGUUACAAUGCAAUAAAAGCUUGGGGAAAGUGCUACUCUAUUAAGGACCUUGCAAACAUGAUUACUGCCCAUAAACUUAUGAAGGUAAAGACUGAUGUAGAGCAGGAAAUGCAAUGGUUUCAGAAAGAACCUCAACCACCGACCCAAGCUUGCAUCAUUCCUGACAACAUGGUAGUCAAAGCAUUUGAUGAAAUGUUGUUAUCAAAUCCAAAUGGGAAAGUGUUAUAUGGCAAAUGCACAUUAACAGAAGAUCUUGCUACUUUUGGCUGCUCACGAUGGGUCUCACUUCAAGCCAUUGAUGCAAUUAUCUCAAUAAUCAACGAGAUGAACCCAAAGCAAAAAGUAAUCUUGCAUGGAAUCAUCAGUGGCAUGUCUGUGCAUGCACACAACACGGCCCAAAUAGAGCCUGAAAUUCAAAACUCAAAGCCUUAAUUCAGCUGCUCUUUGAAAAAAAUGGCAAACAGUUAUAUUUGUCUCCGAGCCAAUUCAAGAUUUCUAAAAAGCGAAAGAAAACCUUGAUAUUGAGAGAGAUAUUGAAACUAUCACAGUUUGCCUGCUUGAGCUGGAAGACAUUGACAUAAAGCACAAUGGCAAUAACAUAAUUACAAAAGUUUUGUAAUUUGUUUUCGCUUUAUUCAUCUUACUUUUUGUCUUAUAAAACCUCUCUAUCAUGCGAUAAUAUGCCUAAUUUGCUUCUCUCAUUACUUGAUCACCAGGUAAGUAUGUAUUGCAACCCUGAAAUCUAUUUAGCUACCUUAAUGAAAACCUCAGUUCUAAAAGCCAAUCUAAGUCGCAUUUCCGCAUUUUGCAUUCAUUUCAUUGCAGAAAUUCAUUUCAACAGAAACUUGAUCAAAUAUCCAAUUGAGUUUCAAGAUCUUAACCUCAAGAAUAUAACGCUUGUUUCAAUUAAAUUCCAAGGUUACAGCCCGGUCAGGAUAUUAUAAUAUUUUUAAGUCGGUUUAGUUUUAGGAUCAAACUUGUCACACACUUAACACUAUGAAAGUUAUAAUUUCUAAAUUAAGGCCCUUGUAUCUGGGUAAAAAUCUUUCUUUUCUCAAUUGUGAACCAUUUUUCAUUUUUGUGCCCUCUUAUGUAGAAUUUAUCAGAUAAUUUAAUGAUGUUUUCAUUUUCUAUCGGUUGUACUUCAAAAACUUGAAAAAAGUUCAUUUCUCAAUACUGGUUGAUACCGGAAAUGACUUUUUGAAGAAAAAAAUGUCCUUUGAUGAUGACUUACCCUAUUUUUCAUUCCUUCUCCCAUCUAAGCUUUGGUUACCUUGUGUUACACAUUCUUUCUGCUGUUGAACACCCUGUGAUAUCAUUACCCUUAAUGCAAAUGAAAAUUGGUCGAUCUGCUGGCAUGCUCGAUCUUUGUAAAUAACUGUUGGAUAUUUUCACCUUUAGUCAAAUUUUUUGAUAAGUCAUGCGACGAACUAAGAAUAACCAAUUCAAGGGAACUCAGCAUCAAUUUAUAACGGAAGACGUGGACUCUGAGAUAGCUGAAAAGUUGAAAAGUGAAAGGAACCUUUGUAGAACAGCAUCAGCUGAUUGGCCUAGGCCUUUGCCUGGCACACUCACAAAUUUUGUUGCUGUUGAAGGAUGUAGGAUAGUAGAUAUGGAGUUGUUGCACUAACAGAGGCCCAUCUUUGCUCUGGAGGUAAGUUAUGUUUUUUUAUAUUUCUUUAAAAACGAUUUUCUGCAAACAUCUAUUCUCUUGAAGUACAAAACACAGCCUAUAACCAUCCGCAGUUUGAACUUCUUGUUCAAGAAAAUGUCUUGUGGCUUGCUCUAUCGACUAUUCUCGAGCCACUAAAAUUUACCAGUAAAAAUGCAACCUCUAUUGAUAGUUUCUGUACAUUUGGUAUCGCUAAAUUCAAUGAAUUGUAUUCCAGCACCAGAGUGGUAUCUUAAUUUAGUGUAAUUUCAACAACACCCAUAAAUUUGUGACAACACCCAUAAAUUUUCCAAUUCAAGGAUUGAAAGCGACAAGGCUGAUGAAGUCGACAAACUGGCAACGUUAGCUGCUGUUGAGUCAGGUCUUAGAAGAGAAGGACUUGCUGACAUCACUUCAAUUUUAAAUAUCCCUCCUCCUGUCAGUGAUUCCAAUUUCUCAAACCAUUUGUCAAAGCUUCUUUGUGUUUCAAGAUCAGUAUGUAAUGAACACAUGACAAAUGCUGCCCAGCCCAAUGACUUAUAAAUAGCCUCAACAGUGAAUUAGAAGUGGAGAAUUAUACAGUUUUCAAUUUUGCUGUCUUUUAUCAUGGUGCAAGGUCCAAGAGGAGUUUCACAGCUUACCAUGGUGUUGGAGCUGUGAAAUCAGUUGAUACUGGAGAAGUGCUGGAUAUUGGUUCUCUCUAAAGUUUGUGAGAUUUGCAAACAAAACAAGGAUAGAAAAGAUGAAUCAGCCUUUGAGCAAUG